UUGUUGUUGUCCUUCAUUUGAAAUUAAUCGUUUAACCAUAAACAGUAUUUCGAUUAUUAAUGACCAUUUGGAUUUGUUGGUUUAGGUGUCUUUUUUUGUAUCUAUCGUUCUUUACAAUACGGAAGUAAAUGAAUAAAGUUGCUCUCCUGAGUUAAUAUCCCAUUUAAAGACUCGCGUGCCAGAGAGAAGGAUGUUAUAAUAUAAUAUAAAUAGUUUGUAUUGCAAAAGUUUGCAUUUUGUUUAGAUCUAAGUCUGUCCCGUGAGAUCUUGAUGACCUAAAGAUGACACAGGAGACAUAAGAGGAAAUGCCUGUUUUUCCCAAAAUAUCUUUGCGACCAGAAGUUGAACAUUAUCUCCGAAAUGUUUUUAAAAACACAGAGCUUCUCAAUGCCUUUGGUCUCGAGGGCACAGAGCAGAAGUUUGAAGUGCUCCUGACCCGUCUGUCUCAGCCCCCAGGGUUCACCACUGUCAGGCUGAACACACACCUGGCUUCUGUGGAAUGCAUUCGAGAUCUCUUGACAGAAGAGAUACAAAAGCAGUUGAAAGACUUGCGAAAAUGUGAUGUCCGCAUCCUCCCACACCCAAAACUUCCAGAUGUUUUGCUUAUUCCUGUGAUUGGUCCCAGGGAAAAUUUAGCAAAGUAUUCUUCAGAAGUCAUAGUUGGUGUUCAAUGCGGCAAUGCUGUCUUACGUGGGGCCCAUGUAUUUGCACCUGGUAUCCUUUCUGCUCCAAAGUUUAUGAAGGUUGGGGAUGUGGUGUCCGUGUUUUCCGAUAUUGAUGGCAAGUGCACAAGGGGAGCAAUGGAGUUCCAAGGAAACAAAGUUUUUGUUGGAAAUGGGAUCGCUGAAAUGAAGCGCAGUAGUAUAUUUUGUUCAGACAAGCCAUUAAAGGGUAUUGGCAUAAGAAUGACAGAGCCUGUCUGUCUUAGUCCUUGCUUUGACAAGGUACUCUCAAACUAUAUCUUUUUACAGAACUUGCCAUCUGUGGUCGUGGGUCAUGUCCUGGCUCCAGUACCGGGAGAGAGGAUACUGGACAUGUGUGCAGCUCCUGGGGGCAAGACCACUCACAUUGCAGCUUUAAUGCAUGACCAGGGAGAAGUGAUAGCCAUGGACAAGAUAGCAAACAAGUUGGAGCGGAUUAAACAGAAUGCUGCGCUCCUGCAGCUGAAGUGCAUUAAAGCAUAUUGCUUCAAUGGGACAAAGGCCCUUGCCACUGACGCAACUGGGAGCUCAACAGAUGGCCCUCCGUUUUCUCCUGAAUCCUUUGACAGGAUACUCCUGGAUGCUCCAUGCAGUGGCCUGGGUCAGAGGCCCAAUAUGGUCUGUACUUGGAGUCUGAAAGAAGUUCUGUCUUACCAGCCAUUGCAGCGCAAACUUUUUACUGUGGCUGUGAAGUUGCUGAAGCCAGGAGGUGUUCUGGUUUACAGUACAUGUACCAUCACGCUAGCUGAAAAUGAAGAACAGGUUGCCUGGGCACUGCAGACCUUUCCGUGUCUCAGACUCCAGCCACAGGAGCCCCAUCUUGGAGGUGAAGGCAUGAUGGGAGCUUGCCUGUCACGUGACCAGCUGAAGCAGCUGCAGAGGUUCGAUCCUGCCUGUGUGCCAGCUGAGGGCUUCAGAUUCAACCCAGAGGAAGAGGAAUCCAGUCAGAGGACAGAGUCAGACUUUAUACAGCAAGCCAACAAAGACACUAUAGGCUUCUUCAUUGCAAAAUUUGUUAAAGUGCCAUAAUACUUGGUUUAGAAAACCUGUUUUUUUAUUGAUUACCUGCAUACCAUAUGGGGAGACCUCUAUACACACAAAAAGAUUAUCUGAAUGUAACUCUGCAGCAGUUGCUAUAACAACUAACUGACGACACUGCUGCUAUGACAACAGCAGAUUUGCUAGCUGCAUAAGUGCAGAUCAGGAAAUACAGUGUUGAAAGAGGUCAGAAGAGGUUUUAUUGCUUGAGUUCCACAGUCUGUAGGAAUAGACUGUUAAGUUAGCUGGUUUAAAGCUAGGUAACUGUCUACUACAGCAUUACAACACACUGACUAAAAAGAAUAUCUGAAACAAUGUAUGGCAGUCUCAAUUCUAAAUACUGUGAUAAAUGUGACUUUUUGAUGUUAGGAUUUGUUGUCCAAAUAAACUGUCAUUUGUUUUAUCCUCA